AUGGGGAUCCGAGAGUUUCCAGGCGGCGCGCCCCGGGGCAAGGGCAUCGCCACCGGCAUGCGGAGGUCCCCGGACGUCAGCCCGCGGAGGCUGUCGGACAUCAGCCCCCAGCUGCGCCAGCUCAAGUACCUGGCCGUGGACGAGGCUAUCAAGGAGGACCUGCGCUGGUCGCGCUCCGUGGAGGACCUGAGCGCGCCCGCGGGGCUCUCGUCCAUCGAGGAGCGCAUCCUGCGCAUCACCGGCUACUACGGCUACCAGCCCUGGGCAGCCCGCUGCACACGGGAGGAGCGUCCCCGGGACCCCCCGGGCCCGGCAGAGGUCCAGGCUCCGGCCGGGGUGGAGGCCGGUGGGAAGACGAGCCGGCCACGCUGGACUUGCUCACGGGCUCGGCUCAAGAAGACGUUGUGGGGCGUGGCCGUGGUGCUGUGCGUGUGCGCCUCCUGGGCGGGUUCCACGCAGCUUGCCAGACUCACCUUCAGGACAUUCGAUGCACCCUUCACGUUGACCUGGUUUGCCACCAACUGGAACUUUUUAUUCUUCCCGUUGUACUACGCGGGGCGUGUGUGCAAGUCCACGGAGAAGCAGUCUGUGAAGCAGAGAUACAGGGACUGCUGUGGACUGUUUGGAGAGAAUGGCUUGACUUUGAAGGUGUUUUUUACCAAGGCUGCCCCUUUCGGGGUUCUCUGGACUCUGACAAACUACCUGUACUUACAUGCAAUAAAGAAAAUAAACACUACGGACGUCUCCGUGUUGUUCUGCUGCAACAAAGCAUUUGUGUUCUUGCUCUCAUGGACCGUUCUCAGGGACAGGUUCAUGGGAGUGAGGAUUGUGGCCGCCAUCCUUGCCAUUGCCGGCAUCGUGAUGAUGACCUACGCCGACGGCUUCCACAGCCAUUCUGUCAUCGGCAUUGCCCUGGUGGUGGGCUCCGCCUCCAUGUCAGCCCUGUACAAGGUUCUGUUCAAGCUGCUGCUGGGCAGCGCCAAGUUCGGGGAGGCCGCGCUCUUCCUGUCCAUCCUGGCCGUGUUCAACGCUGUCUUUGUCACCUGUGUCCCCGUCGUCCUCUACUUCACCAAAGUGGAGCACUGGAGCUCCUUCGCCGACAUACCGUGGGGAAACCUUUGCGGGUUUUCCCUUCUCUUGUUGACAUUCAAUAUCGUAUUAAAUUUUGGGAUUGCUGUGACGUACCCAACGCUGAUGUCCCUCGGGAUCGUCCUCAGUGUGCCUGUAAAUGCGGUGGUGGACCACUACACCAGUGAGAUCGUCUUCAAUGGCGUGAGGGUCAUUGCCAUCGUGAUCAUCGGCCUGGGCUUCCUGCUGCUGCUGCUGCCGGAGGAGUGGGAUGUCUGGCUGAUCACGCUGCUCACGCGCCUCAAAGUGAGGAAGAAGGAGGAGACGGCAGAGAGCGGCGGGGACCUGAGCUCUGGCCCCCAGAGCAGGGGCAGAAGAGCUCGCCCGUCCUUUGCACGCUGAGGCUGUUCCUCUGGGACUCUGGGGGAUGCCCCCAUGGUAAGGAUUUGGAGGCCUGUUCCUGACAGAGGCCCCUCAGUUGGGUAAGGUGUACAUACCUGUACAGUUUUGGUAAUCUGCGGUAAAUUCUAUGGUAUUUAUUGGCAUGUCCAAUUUGCUUGCACUUUUCCAUAUCAGACCUUCCACUUAAGGGUUCCGAUGACAUACGGAAGAUGGAAGAACUCCUCAGCGCUUCUUCAAUGAAUGUAAAGUCAUUUCAGAUGAGCCUUACAUCGGUCGUCUGGAUGACAGGCAAGCUGGACAAGCCAGGGCACAUGUCCUGAAUCUUAACAACUGAAAAUGACAUUGUACACUGUGAUUAUUUUUCAGCUGUAGUAGGUCAUAUUUUGUUUUAUACCAGAGCUGUACUCUUAAUUUUAAGGAAUUUCAAUGAACCAAAAGAUAACUGUCAGUCUGAAUGGGUAACUG